AUGUAUCUGUUUAUUUGCUUCUACCUCCUAAUGAGUUUUUUUGAAGAAGUUCAUGGCUUUUGUCCUUCACAAUGCACUUGCGUUUACCAUGGCAGAAGUGAUGGCACUGGAACAAGGUCUGUACUCUGUAAUGACCCUGACAUGUAUGAGAUCCCUGUGAAUGUUCCUGUGGAUACUGUAAAACUUCGUAUAGAGAAAACUGUCAUACGAAGGAUUCCGACUGAAGCCUUUUACUACCUGGUAGAUCUCAAAUACCUGUGGGUCACUUACAACUGUGUAGCCAACAUUGAUAUCAGCAGCUUUUAUAACUUGAAACAACUGCAUGAGCUGAGGCUGGAUGGUAAUCUGCUUUCAACUUUCCCUUGGGAAUCCCUGGCAGAGAUGCCCAACUUACGGACUCUUGAUCUUCACAACAACAAAGUGACCAGCAUUCCCGCUGAUGCUGGCCGCUACCUGAGAAACCUCACCUACCUGGACCUGUCCAGCAACAAGCUGACCACCUUGCCAUCAGAUCUCAUGGACAUUUGGCCUCCCUUCUCAGGAGCUAUCGUGUCCAAGAAUACAGAUAUUCUGGUGACACAGAGAGUAAUCUUGGGUUUUCAGGACAACCCAUGGUUUUGUGACUGUCGCAUUUCAAAGCUAAUUGAAUUUUCCAAAAUUGUGGACACCUCCGUUGUACUUCUUGAUCCAUUGAUUUCAUGUAGUGGACCUGAGAGCCUGGCAGGAAUCUUGUUCCAGAGAGCUGAGUUAGAGCAGUGUCUUAAACCAUCUGUGAUGACCUCGGCAACGAAGAUCACCUCCCCGCUGGGCAGCAAUGUCCUGCUACGCUGUGACGCCACGGGGUACCCAACACCACAGCUCACUUGGAAUAGGUCAGACAAUAUUCCAGUGAACUAUACAGUAAUUCAAGAGAGUCCUGGAGAGGGUGUCAGAUGGUCCAUAAUGAGCUUGACAGGAAUUUCGUACAAGGAUGCAGGAGAAUACAGAUGUAAAGCCAAGAACUUGGCAGGAAUGUCAGAAGCUGCUGUGACUGUCACAGUGGUUGGUGUAGUUACUACAACUGUGUCACCACAGAAAUAUGGGAGGAAGCCAGAGGCUGAGAGGCAGAAUACAACUCAGGAGGAAUCCAAGCAGGAACCCGAGAGGACAACCACACCUCUUCCCACCACGCCGACCACUACGGCUCUGGUUAGCACUGAAAGAUCAACCAGCAUGGCAUUGCCUGACAAAAAGCAAUCCAGACUCAUGUUAGAUGGAAAGAAAGUUUCAAAGGCAGGGACAAAUGGAAACAAAAAGCAGAUUGGAGAUCCAAGCAAGAAGGGUGGGGAUACUUCACUGAACACAGCUGGUACUGCUGAGCAAAAUGUCACUGUGAAGAACCUAAGAGUGAUCAGCGAAACUGAUGAAAGAGUGACCUUAACUUGGAAAACUGUCAAUGCCACCGGCAAUUCCGCCGUGACUGUGUUAUACUCCAAGUAUGGUGAGAAAGAUAUGUUGCCUCUCAGCACUGAUUCUAACAAAAACAAAGUCACAAUCGAUGGUUUGCAGCCUAGUACUCAAUAUAUGGCAUGUGUCUCACCCAAAGGCGUGCCACCUACCAAAGAGCAGUGUGUUGUUUUCUCCACUGAUGGGUUAAAUGAUGAAAGCAACUCUGAGUUCUCUAUUCUGAUAGUGGCCAGCAGUGCAGGCUGCGUGGUUGUUUUACCUUUGAUAUUUUUCUUACUCUACAAAGUUUUAAAACUUCAUUUGAAACCAAAAUCUGCAAAGGAAGCUGAACUUGCAAAAGAGACUUAUGUACAAUUUGAAACACUGUCGCUGAAGCCUCGAACACUGGGUGCAGGAGACCAGCUCUGGGCACGAAGGUACACAGAUGAGUCAGAAAGGCUUCUCCUUUGCUCCAGGUCAAGCAUGGAUUCUCAAAUGACCUUCAAAAGUGAGGGCUCCAGGUCUGAGUAUCUGUGCUGAAAAUGGGUGAGGGUGGAGAUGCAAUAAAUAAUAGGUAAAAUUAAUUUAAAAUGGUGAUCUGGAAGCAGGUUGAUGCUAGAUGGUGGUCAGAAUACGUUAUCUGAUGUAGUAGAGUCUUACUGGAUGGUGGUGGGUAGGAGAGAGAAUAGAAGAAAAAUGUUGC